UCUUUGCAUGAUGUACUUUUCUUUCACUUUUGAUAAUGUGGGGGUGUUUUUGAUAAUUUUGUGGAAACUGAAGUGCAAACAGAAUUUUUUUCUCUAAUUUUUAUAAUAUUUUUCAAAUAUUAAUAAAAUUUGAAAAGUGACGUGGAAGGCCCCUCCCUGUUCCCGCCAAAAUCGUCCUCUCUCCCGCUUUUUAUUGAAAAGUUCCCGCCAUGGAUGCAAAUCUUAGAAAUCGGUACGAUCGCGAACCGGAACCAGAUCUUGGCUUCCGCGACGAGACCAGAAGAGGGCCGCCAUGAAGAGAACGUCGCUGAAGCUCCGGGAGGCGCACAAGAGCAACGGGUCGCCGGCGUUCUGCUCCAUCGCUUGGGGCGCCGACGGCCGCGACCUCGUCACCGCCUCCGCCUCUGACCCUUCCAUCCUCAUCCACGACGCUUCCCAGUUGUCGAACCCCGCGAAGGAGCUCCGCUACCACAAGGACGGAGUCACGGCCCUCGCCUUCAGCCCUGAUUACGCUUCCCUCGCCUCCGGCUCCAUCGAUCACUCCGUCAAGAUCUACACCCUUCCGGAAGGAGAGUUUCAGAGCAACAUUACUCGGUUCACCUUACCAAUUAGAGCCCUCUCGUUCAACAAAUCUGGAAGUUUGCUGGCUGCGGCUGGUGAUGACGACGGCAUUAAACUGGUUGCGACCAUAGAUAGUACGAUCUCCAAGGUGCUUAAGGGACAUAAAGGACCUGUGACUAGUCUAUCUUUUGAUCCAUUGAAUGAGUUCUUGGCGUCUGUCGAUUCACUUGGUACUGUCAUAUAUUGGGAACUUCAAUCAGGAAAGCAGGUGCACACGCUGAAGGCCAUCGCGCGUAAUUGCGAUGCAGAUCCUUCGUGUAUCAACGUGAUAAGCUGGAGCCCAAGCGGUGAAACUUUGGCUGUUGCAGGGCUGAAGAAUGAUGUGGUAAUGUAUGACAGAGACACAGCGGAGAAGCUGUACACACUGAAAGGUGACCAUGAAAGGCCUGUUUGCUAUUUGGCAUGGUCUCCCAAUGGAAAAUACAUGGCAACUUCGGGACUGGACAAGCAGGUCUUGAUAUGGGAUGUGGAUCUCAGGCAAGAUAUCGAAAGACAUAAAUUUGAUGAAAGAAUCUGCUCCUUCGCCUGGAAGCAAAAUGGAAAUGCUUUAGCUGUUAUUGAUGUAAUGUGCAAGUUUGGCAUAUGGGAAUCUGCCGUUCCUUCAUGCAUGAAGUCUCCAACAGAAGGUGCUGCACAGGCUAGAGACAAAAAUGAGCAUUUAUUCGACGAAGAUGAUGAAAGCCCAAGUGCUUCUGGAAGUUUGGAUGAUAAUGUUGAUGAGAGUCAUGAUGAAUCUGCCCCAACAACCAGGAAAAGAUUGAGAAAGCAAUCUGCAUCUAAUGAGGUUACUGAUGCAGAUAGUGAUGGGGAGGAUGCACUGCUGCGCCAGAUUGAAUCUCGAAAGAGACACACUGCUAAACACAAGAAGCAUGCUAGAUAUGCGAAAGAAGAUAGUGCAAGUUCUUUGAACUUCUCAAUGCCAAAAAUGCAAGCAGCCUUUCAACCUGGCUCUACUCCAGCACAGCUCGGGAAGCGGCAUUUCCUUGCCUAUAAUAUGCUUGGAAGUAUCACCACAAUUGAAAAUGAGGGAUACUCCCACAUAGAGGUUGAUUUCCAUGAUACUGGAAGAGGUCCAAGAGUUCCUGCCAUGACUGAUUAUUUUGGUUUUACAAUGGCUGCUCUGAAUGAAAAUGGAAGUGUUUUUUCAAAUCCAUGCAAAGGAGAAAAUAACAUGAGCACUCUUAUGUAUCGGCCUUUCGCUAGCUGGGCCAAUAACAGUGAGUGGUCAAUGAGGCUUGAGGGAGAGGAAGUGAAGGCUGUGGCACUUGGAACUGGCUGGGUGGCUGCAGUAACCAACCUUAAUUGUCUGCGCAUCUUCAGCGAAGGCGGUUUGCAGAGAGACAUUCUCUGCCUAAAUGGCCCGGUGGUGACUGCAGCCGGUUACAAGGAUAACUUGGCCAUAGUCACUCAUGCUUCAGCUUGUCUGCCUUCAGGAGAUCAGAUGCUUGAAGUUAGAGUACUCAAAAUAUCGAAACGAACCGAAGUCAUCAAAUGUUGCCUACCACUAAGCCCUUCUUCUUCUUUAACAUGGUUUGGGUUCAGUGAGGAAGGACAAUUAAGUUCAUAUGAUUCUAAGGGAGUGCUCAGAGUUUUCAGCCAUCAGUAUGGAGGCACUUGGCUUCCGAUCUUCAGUGCUCUUAAAGCUCGCAAAUCUGAUGAUGAAAAUUACUGGAUAGUUGGUCUGAAUGAAAGCAAAUUAUUCUGUAUCAUAUGCAAAUCCCCCGAAACUUAUCCGAUGGUGAUGCCUAAACCUGUUCUCGAGCUACUAAGCUUCUCAUUUCCUCUCGCGUCUUCUGACCUUGGCGCUUCCGAUCUCGAAAGUGAACUCUUAAUGAAUCAGUUCAAUCUCUCAAAGACCCAGGAGAAGAUCGAAGAGUUGGCUAUGGCUGGUCUCAAUAGUGAUGCACUUGAUGAUGAGGCCUUCAACAUAGAAACAGCCAUCGACCGAUGCAUAUUGAGGCUCAUUGCUAGUUGUUGCAAUGGUAAUAAGCUUGUUCGGGCUACUGAGCUGGCUAAUUUGCUGAUCCUGGAGAAAUCAGUCAGAGGUGCAAUCAAACUUGUUACGGCGCUCAAACUUCCCAUAUUGGCAGAACGGUUGAAUGCUAUUCUAGAGGAAAGAUUGUUGAAUGGAUUUGGAACUUCAGCCAUUGUUCCUCGGGUGUCUGCAGUCGAUGUCUCAUUGCCAUCGGGUGUCAUUAGAACUGAGGGUACAAUUUUGUCUCCGUCACCCAAACUAGCUCACCUACACUUAUCGAAGCAAGUAACAACAGAAGAUAAGACUAAUGCUGUUGGAGUAAAAGAUAGUUGUGAAGUCACCAAAAUUGAGGAAGCCAGACCUCAUCAGACAAAGGCAUCAGCUAACAAACUCGCAAACAAUGAAGCAAACAGCAAAAGCAAAAACUUGGAGGCAUGCAGAAGCCAUGGCGAGAAGCCAAUUGAAGUCAGUUUGGAAGGGGGGAACAACAAUGCAAAGCAGCCUCAGAAACCAACAAAUCCUUUUGCUAGGAAGACUACAAAGCAACCUCAAAAACCAAUAAACCCGUUUGCUAAGCUGGAGAAGGCAGACAAGAGAUGCUAAAAUUCAGCUUCAAGCAUCAUCGCCGCCUCUUAAUUCUAAGGCCUGAUUUCAUGAAUUUUACACCUUGAGCUUUUGUCCCAAAAGUUACCAAACCUGUAAAUGGAUGUUAAGAGUUUUAUGACCAAAUCAAGAGGAUCCUAGUUUAACGAACAUUAUAGCCAUGUUUUAUUGUUGAAGCAUGAAAUUGGAUUUCAAUUUGCAAAAAUGAUACAAAAUGAUUGAAUUUUUUGUUCUA